AGCACGUUUUUACUCAACUGCCCUGUGGAGUUUUGUACAAUUGGGUGUUUUUCUAUUGUACAUUUAUAGAAGUUGCCCACCUAUUCACCUCCAGCGUCUUCCACGAUGAGUGAAUUGAUUGAACUUCGCCGCGAGCAGGCAAUUCGCGAGUACGAGUGCAUGAAACACCUGAAACUGUUCACCGACGAGGAGAUACAGAGCAUUAAAAACAAACGACACUAUCACGAAUACAAGAUUGAACGACGGACCAAGCAUCUGGCCGAUUUUAUCAACUAUAUCGCGUACGAGUGCGAUAUGUUUCAACUGUUGUUGCAGCGUCGGCAAAAGUUGCACAUCCACGCAGAAUGGGUCAGUCUGGAGAAGAGCAUUCACAGCCGUAUCCGGGUGCUGUACAAACGAGCGAUGCACCGGUUUGCUUCCGAGUAUCGAGUGUGGACCCACUUCUUGCAGUACUGCAAGAUGCGCCGUUUCUUUAACGAAGGUUCACGCGUGCUAGAUCAGAUGCUCGGUUACCAUGGUGACAAACCGAAAGCAUGGCUGCGCGCAAUCGACUGGGAAUAUCAUCAGGCGCAAAAUUUGGCCCGCGCAAAGCAUUUUACACUUCGUGGUCUGCAGCGUCAUCCGGAAUGCUAUCAACUAUGCAUACAUUUUAUCGUUAUACAGCUGGCCGAAGGUCAGAAAAUGGUCACCAAAUUGCUGGAAGAUGGAAAACCGACGGAAAAUAAUCUGGAGCUGAACAAAACGCUUAAAACGAUUCAACUAGUGUACAAGAACUUUGAGCAUAAAGAUAUGCCAUUCUUCGCGCUGUUGCUGAAAGAGUUGAAAAAGUACGAGCCCUUGUCAAACGAAUUGGCGAAGGAAGCGGUGACGGAAAUGCGAGACAUUCUUGCCGACAAAGAGGAAAUGUGGAACCUGCUAGCGAAUCUUGCGCUCGAGGGUAACGAAUCGUUGAUGGAAGAAACGACCAAAUCCACCGAACGGCUAGCGCAGUGUCUCGAGAUAUACCAGGAGGCACUAGAACGUUUGCCAACGAAGAAAAUGCACAGUCUUUGUAUUGAUACGAUGCUGCAGCUAAAUUCCACCGAAGAGCCAGCAAAAGAUCAAAAGGACAAACGAAAAGCCCUGGCAAAUGCUUUUAAGCAAGCGCUUGCUGCCGAUCUGUUGGAGGAGGAAAAGUUGCUUCAGUAUCUGAAGCUGCUGCUGCACAACACCAAUCCCAAGGAGGAAUUGAUCAUGAAUGUAAUAAACAAGGGUUUAGAACAGUAUCCGGCAUGUGUGGAUAUUUGGACGUCAUAUUUGCGAUACUUGAUGCUUCACAAAGACAUCGACGCGGACGAGCUGGAGAGUGUUUUCCAAAAAGCCAUCAAGGGUCUACCGGAUACGGUCAGUCGAUUGCCGCUCUGGAAGAUGCUCUUCCAGUACUACAACAAUCGGCCGGAUCUACCUGGCAAGGUAAAGCAGCUGUUCCAGCGAGCGAUUGACCAGCAGCCAGAAAUUUCAAACUACUAUCAGCCCCUGUAUCUGGAGUACAUAAUGGAAACGGGCAAAAGCACAAACAAUAUUGCCAAGGUGCGAUGUGAAUAUCAACGGUUGGUGAAGAAUUAUACCACCACGCUGGAGUUGCACCGGAAAAUGGCAAGCCUAGAAGCGAUGCAGACACCAUCGGACGCUAACGAAUGGCGCAAAUGUCACGAGAAUGCAGCACAGUUCUUCGGCAAGAAAGACCCAACCACUUGGCUGCAGUACAUUCAGUUCGAACGCGACCAUGGUAAACCGCAGCUCAUGCAAUCGCUGUACGAACGGGCCAAGGCGGUUUUGGAUGAGGAAUCGUUUGCCAGCUUCCUGACCGAGUAUGAACUUAUUCGCAAUCCAUACCUUGUUCGUUACUGAGUCAAUAAACCGAUCGUGGAUCGUUAUUUUCUUAACAAAA